AUGAUAUGCAGGAAAUAUACGCAGGUCGGAAUCGCCUUACACGAAAUUGGUCACGCCCUCGGCUUUCAUCACACACAUGCAAGACACGAUCGUGAUCAGUACAUAAUGGUUGACAUAGACGCUGUGCAACCCGGUUUUAUAGAAGAGUUCAACAUAGAACCUACAUCAAGAAAUGAUAAUUAUGGCAUUCCUUACGACUACGGCAGUGUAAUGCACUACAAUUGCAGGAGUUUUGCAAAGGACAAAAGUGACAAGGGCAAUCGAACAAUGGUGCCUCAUGAACCAGAGUAUGUUGACACUCUGGGUUCCCACUUCCUUUCUUUCUACGAAAAGCUCAUGAUGAACAUUCACUACAACUGUUUCGAUAGAUGCAAAAUCGAUUCGAACAGGCUAGGCAGAUACAGCCGGACUAAACCAUAUGACACCUCGGGGAGCUCGUCAUGGGUUAGCUCUGUUUAUGACGGUAUUGUUGGUGGAUUUGCGAAAAUUCGUCAUGGUUUCCCAAGUUUGCCGGAACUGAAAUUGGAUUGGGGUGACUGGGGCGGCGGCUGCUUCGGCUGGAGCACCUGCUUUGGCUUGGGCUCACACGACUUGGAUAGCAAAACUAGUACAAUUUCAACAAUUACAACAACAACAACGAGCGCAACCACCAUGAAAAGACCAUCAUCUGCAUCCGACCUAUCUUAUCCAACAGCCAGAUGCGAAAUGGGAGGAUUUCCCAAUCCUAAAGACUGCACAAAGUGCGUUUGCCCGGACGGGUAUGGAGGGAGACUAUGUAAAAGAAGGCCAAAAGGGUGCGGAAAAGUACUGCAAGCUAAAACAAAUUAUCGAUUACUUGAGGACCGUGUGGGCUACGAAGGAGUUACUAGUUCUAAGGAAAAGGAAGAUUUUGAAAAAUGCAUCUACUGGAUAAAGGUCUCCAACUGUCUAAAUUGCACGAAAGGUAUUAUUGUUUUGCAGGCUCCGAAGGGGAGAAGAAUUGAAGUGGUUUUGGUCCGUUACGAUUAUCGAGUUGCUACUAAUGGAUGCUACCAUGCUGGUAUUGAGAUCAAAACACAAAAGGAUCAACGUGCGACCGGAUACAGGCAAGAACAAUGA